UUUUUACCCAUAAUAUUUUAUAUCUCUUUAUUCGCAUAUAAAGAAGAUCCGGGUUCCAAACUUGUUUGUCGAGAUCUCAAAGCAACUGUGUUGGUGGCAAUGGUGUUUCUCCAUGUUUCAUGUUGUUCUGUCCUCUCUAUAUUGUAAACACGGUUUUUAUUUUCGUAAUAUUUUUUUUGCUGAAUAUAUUUUUAUAGGUCAAGUUCGAUAGUAUUUGUUUGUGUUGUAUUUUCGUUUGCUAAAAUAUUUUUGAACUUUCCUUUAGGUUUGUUUUAUGUAUCAGAUCGUUCACAAAUAUUGACAUCCAUGAAAUAACAAAGAAAAUGAUAUUACAUUUGAGAAUUUUAUGGACAAGCUCAUUUGAUCAAUAAACCUGCGCAAUGAUCGUUUACUUGAGAAAGUAUAUUAACUCUUUGAAAUUUCUUUCUUCAAAACAUAUCGAUUCCAAUAAUUUUUUAAAAAUCCGUUUCCACGUUUACAACCAAAACAGCUUCCGAUUUCAUGCAAUUUAGGCAAAAAAAUAUACAUUUAAUAUAUUUAUUAAACCGAUUUAAUUAAUUACUCAUAUAUAUUUUAUCAACUUCAAACCCUAGUAUUCAUUAGGAGAAAUAAACUCUCCCCUUUAAAUUUUUGGAUGGCAUAAACCACCUCUAAAAAACUGUUAAUGAAUGACAUCAAUUAAUGUCAUCAAUCUUUUAAUAACAUGAUUGGUAGCUUUUGUAGCGAGACAUUUUAUGGCUAACAUUUGGAAUGACUAAAUAUAAUCCAUUUCGUAAUUCAGUAAGUUCAAUGAUCCAAAAUAAAUGAUUUUCACAAUUUCAUAGUUCUUUUUUUUUUUUUUUUUUUUCGAAGGAGUUAAACCAUGUUUCUUGGUAUAAUUAUUAUGUAGUCUAUUCUACAUUUUGUUUCUUUUCAUGUUUUUGCAUUUCUGCAAUAUUAUCAACUAGAACUAACAAAUCAGUCCUGCAGUAUUAUCAACUAGACCUAAUGGAAGAUGAAGAUAAAGAAAGAUUUAAUAUUUAAAAAUAGAAGAAAAAACAUCCAAAUUUGCAUGCGCAUACAUAAUCCAUAAAUCUCCUUCUGAUUACAGAACACAAGAAAACAGAACAGAAUCAGACGCACACUAACUAGAUCUCUCACAUACACAGAUACAUACAUACAUACAUACACACAAACUCUCAUCAUCUUUCUCGUUCAUUAUGCUUACAAUCAUGAUUCUUGGUCUCUUAACCCGCAUGCUCCUUCUUCUCUAUCCUCCAAAAACUCUCCUAUAAAUACCACUUCUCUCCCACUAAUCACCACUACCUCUCACUUCUCUCUAUACACACACACAAACACAUUUCCCCUGCUCUGUUCUUGCAACUUCCUCUGUUCUAAUCGUAACAUCUUCUUCUGAUCUUUGCAAUGGCAGUGUCUGGGUUCGAGGGUUUCGAGAAAAGACUCGAACUUCGGUUCUUCGACGAUGACAAACCAAUCACCAAUAACCCUAUGGGACUCCGUCUAAUAGACUUCGAAUCUUUAGACCAAGUCUUAAACGAAGUACAGUGUACGGUUGUCUCCGCCGUAGCGAAUCGUAGCUUCGACGCUUACGUUCUCUCUGAGUCAAGCCUCUUUGUCUACCCAACAAAAAUCAUCAUCAAAACAUGUGGUACCACGCAACUCCUCAAAUCAAUCCGACCGUUGAUCCAUCUCGCACGUAACCUUGGCCUCACGUUACGCGCGUGUCGCUACUCGCGCGGCAGCUUCAUCUUCCCUAAAGCUCAGCCUUUCCCUUACACAAGCUUCAAAGACGAAGUCAUCGUCGUCGAAGAAAGCCUUCCCAAAUCUCUCUGUUACCGUAAAGCCUCUGUUAUGACGCCUUCUAAUAACCCCUCACGUGCUUGGCACGUGUUCACAGCCAGCGCUGACGUGGAAUCCGACGAGUCAGUCGUUGUCGUUGAAGUAUGUAUGACGGAGCUCGACAGAGUCAACGCUCGGAGCUUCUUUAAACGGAAAGGCGACGAGAAAAACAAUAGUGAUUCCGCAGGGAAAGAGAUGACGCGGCUGAGCGGUAUCGAUAACAUAAACGCAAACGCGUUUAUAUGCGAUUUCGCUUUUGAUCCUUGCGGUUACUCGAUGAACGGCGUCGACGGAGACCGUUACUCAACUAUCCACGUAACGCCUGAAGACGGUUUUAGCUACGCCAGCUUCGAGUGUGGUUUGUCUCUCUACGACGACGGUCACGAAGAUAUCUCUGAGGUUUUAAGCCGGGCCAUUGAUGUUUUCCGGCCAAGUGACGUCUCGAUCGCCACCACUUACGGCGGCGAGGAUUACAACCACGAGGUGACGAAGCGCGUGGAGCGCUUGUUGGCUAAGAAGCUUGGUCUUAAGUGCCGAAGCCGUAUUAUGGAUGAGUUUCCAGGCUCCGGAACAGUCGUUUAUCAGUCGUUCACGCCUCGCCGGAAAUAGUCUUCGCCGGCGGAGUAAAAAACGAAAAAAAAAGGUUUUAAUUAGGUUUAAAUUAGCUGAGAGGAGAAAAAAAAAACAGGUGAUGACGUGGAUGGAGAUGAUUGGUUGAUUUGGGUUUAAGGAGGGAUAUAAGUGGGAACAUAUAUGAUCAUGCACCCCACUUUGCGCUUGUGGCAAUGUCACGCCUAAGCAUUUUUGAGGUUCAGUGUUGUAGAAUUUUAGUGGGGGAGGGUAAAAAUGGUUUGGUCUGUUUUUUUGUUUCUUUCUUUUAUUUUCUUUCUUUUCUUCUAAUGUUUGUUUUUAUAUUUUCCAUUUAAAUUAUCCUAAAUCUCUAUAUCAGACUGUUGAUAUACGGUUUUAAACUUUUAAUCGGUCUUACUUUAUAUGGUUACAAAUUCAUUCACCA